CGAAAGUGAUAGAGAAUGAAGUCGUGCAAAUGUGUUAUAUACAAAGAUAAACGGAGUCAGAGAUAAAGAUGGAGGCAGACAGACAGACAAGACAAGACAAACUGGGAGGCAGCUAAGACAAACGAGUUUAGCCAUCAAAGCAGCCACACAGCCACAGAGCCAAUAUAUUCUGAGUCUCAUCUGCAAGCCAGCCAGCCAACCAGCCAGCAUUCCUGCAAUCAGCAACAGCAAGUCAGGCAGACAGACAGACAGAUACAUAGAUAGGAAGGCAGCAAUACGAAGGCAAAGGAGAGGCAGUCAGUCAGACAAGCAGAUGCGAGUAACAUGUGGUGUUUAAAUGUAUGUGUAGGGGUUAAAAUAGCAGGAGAAAGACCAUGGUACUUUCCGGAGAUUUUCGGCAACACUUAAAACACCACGAUCAAGAAGAACUACACCGCUACCACUAUUAGCAGCAGCAGAAGUAGCAGUCGCAGUAACGGCAACAGUAACAGCAAGAACAACAAUAUAACUGAGGCUGUAGCGAAUGAUAAUAAAUAUAUGACAGUCGGUCGGUCAGAGAAGUUACGAGAGUGCGGAUGAAGUUACCAGAUAUGUUGACUAUAAAGGUCGCUAAACACUACCACAACCACAUCUACCACCACCACCAUCAUCGUCAUUACCAAUACAACAACAAUACAUACAAUUAUAACAACAACAACAACAAUAACAGCAACCGCCGCUACCAAAUAACCCAGCAAUUAACAAUAACAUCAAAACCGUCUUCAGCAUCUCCCUCAACAUCAUCACCGUUGUCACCAUUAGCAUUAGCAUCAGCAGUAUCCUCAUCAGUAUCAAAAAUAUUACCGUUAUCAUCAACAUCAUCUUUUUUAUCAUCUUCACUGUCAUCAUCAUUAACAUCAGCAUUACCAUUAACAAAAUCAUCACUAUCGUCUUCAUUUUUACCAUCAUCGUUGUUAUUAUGAUAGAAAUUAAUUUCAUGGAACCAGGAAGAGCAGCUCGUUUAUUAGAAUGUUGAAACAUUUGGAAAAACGGACGGACGGGCACACGGAGGAGAUAGGAAUAUUUUCGUUAUUCUUCUGAUACCGGAGAACAGACAGAGCUGUAUGUCACAAUAACAUCACCGCAAAGGAAGAAGUAGACGAAAAAUAUCAUAUGCAUACACACACUACAUAAAUACAAACAUAUAUACACACAUAUAUAUACGUACAAACAGACAUAAAUAUAAAUACAGACACACACACAAAUAACACACACAUAUACAAGCACUUAAACACAGACACAUAUAUGUAUAUACAAUAACAUACUAAUAAUAUUAAUAACAAUAAUAAUUAUACUAAUUAUAUACUAAUAAUGCUAACAAGAAUAAGUCAAACAUGAAGCGAGUGACUUAAGGCGGAGAUACUGGAAUUACAUACAUGUCAUUAUAUAGACUUUGCUAUCGACUUCGUGUGAGAAAAACAACACAAUUUAUCAGAAUAUCUAAAUAAAAUAUAUUUGAAAAAAGAGAAAAAAUAAAGAACAAAGGAAAAAAUACAUACACAACAAAUAUUAAAUACCAAUCCACACAUAUAUGCACACAAACAUAUGCACAGACGCACACAUAUUUAUAUAAAUACAUACAGAAACGAUUACACAUGUAUAUCUAUUAUAUAAAAAUAUAUGUAUAUUUAGAAAAAAAUUACAGACGGAAACACAAAAAUAUAUCAACGAAUUCAAGCCACUACCCGCGAGGCAAAUUUAACUAAAGUACUUGAGUACAACUAUUAAAAUAAAGUUAUACCAAUAUUUUAUUCACAUUACAAACAGUUGAGAAAUUAAGACUUUUUCUCGGAACAGCAGAAAAAAUAUGAAUUCGGAAAGGCUGAAUUUGUUUUCGGAAGGUCUAAAUAUGUGAAUAAUGGUGAUAUUUACGACAACAUAGGUGGAGAUUAGAAGUAGAAAGACGGAGACGGAUAACGAGUGGGUAUCAGGAAACAAAAAUUAGUAACUUUUAAAUAUAUGUCAACAUGAAAUUAACACUGAACUUGACCUGAAUUCAAUAAGUCCAGGAAUUACAGGGCUUUACGAUUUGUGCGAUUUGAAUUUUCAAAAACGCAAUUGCACAAAAUAGCAAUGCCAAAAGAAGAACAAGAUUUGUACACCGAAAGAGGAACCAUAAGGAUGAAAGGAAAUAUCUGGGGAGUACAAAUAUUUCUUGUAGCUAUUAUAUGCACCUACAGUUUUCGUUCUGUGGAAUGUCUUCCAAGGACAAUUCGUGUCGGUGCCCUCUUUGAAGAAGAAAAUGAAUCGCAAGAAUUGGCAUUCCGUUCUGCGAUUGAAAAAAUUAACCUUCUGAGUGAAAUAAUACCUAAUAGCCUCCUUAUUGAAGAUGUUCAACACGUCCGCACUCAUGAUAGCUUCCAUGCAUCCCGCAGAGUAUGUCAACAAAUUAAAAAAGGUGUUGCUGCCAUUUUUGGACCAAUAUCUACUGUAUCUGCUGCACACGUGCAAUCAAUAUGUGGAUCACUUCAAAUUCCGAACUUACACACAGAAUGGGAUUCGAGGGAUGUAAAUGUACGGAGUUUUUUCGCCAUCAACAUUUAUCCCCACUACCAGACCAUGGGAAGAGCUUACCUAGAUCUUAUCCGGUACUGGGGUUGGAGAAAGUUUGCAGUUUUAUAUGAAGAUAAUGACGGGUUAGUACGACUUCAAGAGAUACUAAAAGCUACUCAAGACAACGACUUUGAGGUUACAGUGCGUAAAUUAGAAAUGGUCAAUGGGAACUAUAUAUCCAUCAUGAAGGAACUAAAGAACAAUGGAGAGUUUCGCAUAAUGGUCGAUUGUAAUACCACAUUCGUCAAAAUGAUUUUAGCAAAUGCGUUGGAAUUAAACAUGACAACAGAAUAUUUUCAUUACUUGUUUACCACUCUUGAUAUACGCUACGAUGAGCUAAAAGAAUUUACGCACCAUGGAGUCAACAUAUCGUCAUUCCGCUUGGUCGAUCCUACAAAACCUCAGGUCGUUCGUGUUUUAAGUGACUGGCGAUUGGAUCAAAGUCGAAGAGGAAAAUCUCCACUAAUGGGAGGCACAGAAGUAACGACAGAAACCGCGUUGAUGUACGAUGCUGUCCUCCUGUUUGCCGCAGCGCUACAGGAAUUAGCUAAAGCUCAAGAUGUGGAUACCAGUGAACUGAACUGCGCCCAUUCAAAUACAUGGAAGUAUGGCACAAGUCUUAUAAACUAUAUGAGGAGGGUUAACAUAGAGGGUUUGACAGGGAGAAUACGUUAUGAUGACCGGGGUCUCCGAACUGAUAUUGACCUCGAUAUUUUAGAGCUCUCCAAGAUUGGAUUUGACAAGCGGAAUAACAGUUGGGAGUUAGAAUUUGGAAAGAUAGGCAUAUGGAAUUCUCUUUCUGGCAUUAAUAUAACCAAAAAUUACGUUUUGAGCCAGAGGAAAAUUGCAGAGUCUCUUGCAAAUCAUACCCUCACAGUGGUAACACUUUUGGAACCUCCUUAUGCCAUGCUAAAGGAAGAAGAGAGUGGCAAGAAAACUUAUCAAGGAUUUGCAAUCGAUUUACUACGAGAAAUUGCAUUGAAACUGAAAUUUAACUACACAGUUUAUAUUGUUAAAGAUGGCACAUACGGUGCACCAAAUGAUAAAACAGGUGAUUGGAAUGGGAUGGUGAGAGAACUUAUCGAAAAGAAUGCUGAUUUGGCCGUGGGAGGCAUGUCGAUCACUUACCUGAGAGAGAAAGUAAUUGACUUUACCAAACCUUUCCUUAAUGUCGGAAUCACCAUUCUGUUUAAGAAACCCGAAAAACAGCCCCCACAAUUGUUCGCCUUUUUGGCUCCACUUUCAAUCGAGGUUUGGGUAUAUGUGGUAGCAGCUUACUUGUGCGUCAGUUUUAUGCUGUUCGUACUAGCUCGCUUCAGUCCUUAUGAAUGGUAUAACCCACAUCCUUGCAACCCAGAUUCUGAUGUAGUGGAGAACCAAUUUACAAUUCUCAACAGCCUCUGGUUUACUGUCAGCUCGUUGAUGCGGCAAGGUGACUGCUGCGAAUUCUCUCCGAGAGCUAUUUCUACAAGACUAGUCAGUGGUACGUGGUGGUUUUUCACACUGAUCAUGAUAUCGUCCUACACUGCCAAUCUGGCCGCUUUUCUCACUGUGGAGCGGAUGACUUCACCCAUUGAGCGAGCAGAUGACCUAGCUAAACAAAGUGAUAUAAAAUACGGCACUUUAUAUGGUGGAUCAACAAUGACUUUUUUCAAGACCUCUAAGAUUCCAAUAUUUCAAAGAAUGUGGCACGUGAUGGAUUCUACAGAUCCAAGCGUGUUUGUUAAUUCCUCUCAAGAGGGUAUUGACCGUGUUCUAAAGGGUAACUACGCCUACCUGGGUGAGUCGGCAAUUAUCGACUACAACGUGCAGAGAAACUGUGAACUUAUGCAGGUGGGUGGGCGUCUAGACUCUAAGGGAUACGGGAUCGCAACCCCUAGAGAGUCUCCAUACCGGGACCUCAUCUCAGAUGCCAUCUUAAAACUGCAAGAGGAACAAGUAAUAACUCUACUAUACAACAAAUGGUGGCGUGAAGGUUAUGGAGCGGUGGAAUGUCCAAAUGAAGAUUCUAACAAAGAUGCAAGUGAAUUGGGCGUUUCCACCGUCGGGGGCGUAUUUGUCGUGCUCGGCGGCGGAUUGGCCACCGGCCUGAUCGCUGCCUUGAUGGAGUUCGUUUGGAAAGCAAAGAAAAAUGCUGAAGAAGAUAAACGUUCCAUUUGUGCAGAAAUGAUGAGAGAGUUCCGGUUCGCAAUGAAAUGUUUUGGAUCAUCGAAAAAAACAGUCAAAAAAGGUCCCCGAAAGAAGAGCAUAACUGAUAAUGGCAUACAUUUUAUGCCUCUAGCCGGGUUUAGUGCUGCUAGCGGGAAAGAAGCUUACGGCUAAAUUGUAAGCAGGGGAGGUUGGUGAUGGGUAGCAGUUUGACAAAUAUGUAGCUUGUCGUUGACGUCAGCGAGGCAAAAUAACAUCAACCCCUGAUGACACAACGACUUUUUCAAUCUAUAUAUCUAUCAUCUCCUCCCCCACACGCAAACUCAGUGAGUAGCAUGUCUAGGAUGGUUUCAACACUCCGACAAAAAUGUUUCAACAGCCACCCUCUAACGAUGAGGUCAUUGUUAUUUCUGGGUGGAUUGAAACUGGCGUUUACCAAAGUCUAACUUCUAGUUCUCAACAAGAGCAAUGAAAACAAUAAUGAUAAUAAGGUUAAUUACGCAAUAAUGCAUAUGUUAUAGUAUUUCUAGUGAUAAUAACAAUAAUGAUUUUUAGAAUAUUAAUAAUAAUUUCAAACAACAACUAUAGUAGCAUAUAAAAAUUGUAAGGAUAUCCAUACUAAAUGGAAAUUAAAAUAGUAAUGAUGAUGAUGA